GUUUUUAUUCCACUUCAUCGAGUUCAUUCGCCUUCGACGACAUUCACACGCACAUCAAUACACUCGUACACUCGUACGACUUGUUGAAACGAUUUGUUUCUGUUGUUUGUCUCUUUUUUUUUUUCUCGUCGCGACGGACACGCGAUCUACCUCCCGUUGCGGAGCACCUAUUCCGUGCGAUUUUUCUACUCGUAUGCGCGCGCGCGUCGAUCGGUGUCCUCGUCGCGUGACGCGCGCCAAACGGCAACGGCAGUCCGACACUCCGACAACGACCCGGGCGGGACGGUGGUAUGUGCCGACGACGUCCACGGUGAUAACGGAGCGGUGCGCGCGCGAUACUUCCGUUCGGAUUCGCCGACCUCGAUCGAUAUUAUGCGCUGCACGCGCCGUCGACGCGAUACGUCCGCGGACGACAACAGCCGCACCGCCGACAACAGUUGAUCUUGGCCGCCGUGUGUCCACAGCGAUCCGAGUAGAACGUCGGUACACUCGCCCACGAUGGCGGACAACGAUAAACUUGAGCAUCAGUGUCUGCAAAAAGAAUUUGAGUGGGUGCUGAACGAAGAGGUACAUUCGAUACUGCACCAACUGAACAUCAUACUCAAUGAAUGCGUUCGACGUUUUCCGUCCUGGGACAAUGAUGUCCAAGUGAAACAGGAAAAAUUUGUCUUGUCCACGUCACCCGACCAGCUGAAAAGCAUUGUGUCCAUAUCUGGUGACACCAUAUUGCAGGCGGACAUUCAGUUUAAAGUACAACGACAUCAGCAACAGACAAUGUAUCGGACAAAUAUCCGUCAUGAUUGUCCAUGGAAGUUGCAUCAAGUUCAAGAUGCAGGCAAUCACUUGAGACAAGCCAUUUUGCAAAUUGAAAAAAUAGACAAGGAAACUAUUUUCAAUUCCUCUGAAGAAGUAUUACAUGUACUACGGAAUUUAUUAGGAUGCUUACAGAGAGGCCGUACAAGUCUAAUAGUUCCUCGAAAACGAACAAUUGAUGAUUUAAUUAAAAGCAGAAACAUGUGUUUGACACCCAACUUACCAGAAGAUUUAGCAAUUAGUUUUUACAUUCAAAGUCAUAAGCUAAUAUUUGCUGUUUACCAACUAUCCAAUUCACAUGGUGCCAUGAAGUAUGAUACAUAUCAAGCUGAAUGUACAGUACCAUGGUUAAAUGAAGUUCUUGUCCUCUUCACAGUCGCUUUACAACUAGCCCAACAACUUAAAGACAAGAUCUGUGUAUUUACUCAAUAUAGAGACAUAACUCAACUAUCAAGACCAGUUUCCAGCAUUGCAAUACAGUCAUGAGUAUUUGUUCUUUUUAAUUUCAAUUAUGAUUAUUUAACUUGAUUUAAUGAUCAAAAAAUAUAUAAUCAUACAUUUA